AUGGCUCUGCUUGUAGGUUCUGAUGCCACCAUAGCCUAUGAUGGUGGCACUGCUGCAAGAUAUCCAAAUGCACCACAAUCAAACCAGGAACAAGCAGUACAUGGCAGCGGUGAGGUGAAAGGCGACACCCUGAUUGAUAUUGGCAGUGGCCCCACCAUCCACCAGCUCCUCUCCGCCUGCAAGUCCUUUAAGGAGAUCAUCGCUUCAAACUAUACAUAUUGGAACCACCGGGAACUGGAGAAAUGGCUGAAGAAUGAGCCAGAAGCGUUUGACUGGACUCCAGUGGUGAAAUACAUGUGUGAGCUAGAGGGAAACAAGGAGAAGAAGGCUGAGAAAGAGGCAAAAUUAAGAAAAACCAUCAAACAGGUUCUAAAAUGUGAUGUCCACAAAAGCAACCCCAUGGAUCCAAUUGUCCUGCCUCCAGCUGACUGUCUCAUCUCAUCACUGUGCUUGGAAUCUGCUUGCAAAGAUCUGACCAUUUAUCGCAUUGCUCUGAAGAACAUCAGCUCCCUGUUAAAGCCAGGAGGGCACUUGGUGCUGAGUGGAGUUUUGGGCUGCAGUUUCUACAUGGUUGGCCCCAAAAGGUUCUCGUGUUUGGUCCUGAGAGAGGAAUUUCUGAGGGAAGCCCUCAGUGAAACUGGCUUCAUCAUUCAGGAGUUUGAGGUUCUCUUCAGGGGUGAUGAUAUCAUCGACGACAGCUCUGAUUUCUCUGGGAAGUUCUUCAUUCUCGCUCGCAAAGAGGAAACAAUAUAA